AAUUCAUUCACUUCUGCUCAGUGGUGCGACAAGGACUAGGGGCCUUAGGUGGGAAAGAGAGAGGAAAAAAGUUCACUUCACACCAUUGGGUGCCAAGAGAAGGGGAACACAACUACACUGGAGCUCUCACUGUGCGCUGAUUGUUGAUCAUGGGUGACUGGAGCUUCUUGGGAAACAUAUUAGAGGAAGUAAAUGAACACUCAACGGUGAUUGGGAGGGUGUGGCUCACAGUGCUCUUCAUCUUCCGGAUCCUCAUCCUGGGCACAGCCGCUGAGUUUGUGUGGGGCGACGAGCAGUCGGAUUACGUGUGCAACACCCAGCAGCCUGGUUGCGAGAACGUGUGCUACGACGAGGCUUUCCCCAUCUCGCACAUCCGUCUGUGGGUUCUUCAGAUCAUCUUUGUGUCUACACCCUCGCUGGUGUACGUGGGCCACGCUGUGCACUAUGUCCACAUGGAGGAGAAGCGCAAGGAGCGCGAGGAGGCUGAGUUGAACCGCCAGCAGGAGCUGAGUGAGGAGAGGUUGCCGCUAGCGCCUGACCAGGGCAGUGUGCGCACCACCAAGGAGACCAGCACCAAGGGCAGCAAGAAGUUCAGGCUAGAGGGCACCCUGUUAAGGACCUACAUCUGCCACAUCAUCUUCAAGACGCUAUUCGAGGUGGGAUUCGUGGUGGGCCAGUACUUCCUGUACGGCUUCCGCAUCCUGCCGCUGUACCAGUGUAGCCGCUGGCCCUGCCCCAACACCGUGGACUGCUUCGUGUCGCGCCCCACCGAGAAGACUGUCUUCAUCAUCUUCAUGUUGGCCGUGGCAUGCGUCUCGCUCUUCCUCAACUUUGUGGAGAUCAGCCACCUGGGCCUGAAGAAGAUUCGCUUCGUGUUCCGCAAGCCGCCGCCCCAGACCCAGGGCGGUCAGGACGGCGAAGACCAGAGCCCCCCUGAGGAAAAGAGCCUGCACUCCAUGGCUGUGUCGUCCAUCCAGAAGGCCAAGGGCUACCGGCAGCUGGAGGAGGACAAGCCCGCAUCGCACUUCUUCCCCUUAACAGAGGUGGGCAUGGAGGCAGGCAGGCUGCCCGUACCUUACCAGGUAGAAAGUGAGAACGUCUCUAAAGUGUACGACGAGUCUUUGCCUUCCUACGUCCAGACCACUGGGGCGGAGGUGAGGGUCCUACCGGAAAGCGGCGAGGACGAGGGCCCCGCGGACCCCGACAUUGAGGCCACCGACACGAUAGCAGACACCAGACCACUCAGCAGUUUAAGCAAAGCCAGCAGCAGGGCAAGGUCUCUGGUGUGCAGAGAGGAGAGGAGAAAGAGGACACCGAAGCUGCAAAGAGAAGAUCAACUCCAUCUACUUGUGCAUGCCUGACCAUUACCAGCACAGGGAGCAGGGAAUGACCUCUAACCUGGAAACACUGUAGUCUGACUCUAGAUUUGAGCAAGUAAUUCACAACAAUUACUGAUUAAUCAUUCUCUUUAAACCUAAUUAAGUGAAUGAUACAUGUGUAAUACAUGAAAAAAAAGAGCAAAUAGGUAUUUAGUCUCUUCAAUCUUUAAAGACAGAGGAAUGAGUAAAAUGCUAAUUAGUCAAAUAUAUUUGCUCUGAUUUGAGAAUACAUUUGAAAAAAUGCAAAUUUAAGUAUUCAUUCGUAAAUGUGCAUGGUAAAAUUCACAUGUACUUUCCUGAUCACUUUAUAUACAGUCGUUUCUAAACUGGUUCGCUAUAAGCCUGUUAUUGGAAUGUUGUCUAAGGUCCACCUUAUGUCAACAUCUAAACCACUCACAGACUGUGCCAUAAACAACAUUAUUACAACGGCAAAAUAUUCCAUAAUCUUCAGACGGCACCACACUCCAUAAUCAAAAGGGCAAGAGAUUCCAAAACCCUGUGGCCUGCAGUUAUGGCAAGGUGACUCUCACGAACACGUACAUGUUUGUUGUUCACACACUUAUUAAGAAUGUCUCUGGUCAUCUCUAUUGCCUCUGUUCUGGCGGGUAAACAAAUGCUUUGUUUCUGAAUGAUGUCUGAGUGUUGGAGUAUGCCCCUGGCUAUCCGGUAAUCAGUGCCGAUUUUAGCAUCUAAAUCUUGGUGGGGUAAAUUCUAUUACAUUUUUUAGGCAUGGCAGCAAAGCCACUCCACAACAAUAAACAAUACAUUCAUUGCACUAGAACAGUGACAAAAAGUAUCCACACACUGUUAGGGCCUACAUAAAUCUGUCCCAACAGCAGAAUCCCAACACCUUACCACUGCUACACUUGGCUAUCAGCGGAGCCUUGUCUGGCACCGAAACAGUUAAUUCAGCC